UUUGCCAUUGUUUUUUCAUUUCUGUGGGUGCUAGUAUCAUAGAAGUCUCAGUGAAAAAAAUGCAUUUGUUAUCUUUCGCCGCGUUAUUUGUUGUUUUUAAUGCUGUGUUUGGGGCCUAUUCAGCUAUUCCUAGGUGCGAUCAUAAAUGUUGUAUUGAAAAAUGUAAAACAUGGUCAAUAUCAUGGUGGCAAAGAUUCUGUUUCAACGAGCAAAUUAAGAUAUGGUGCGAUCCAUACCAGUAUCUGAAGAUCAUUAAGGCACAGUAUGGAAAUAUCCCCUGUCGACCCAGUAAUUAUGAAUACAACGGAGUUCAAACUUGUGGACCUCUUGAUUCUGUCAUUUUGGCCCAUACCAGGCAGUACUGCGACUACCAAACUACAUGUUAUGGUUAUGCAAAUGGAAUGCUGAUGGCUAAGUCAUACUUGUUUAACCAUUCCUGUGGUCAGGGUAAAGCCUCCUUCUAUGUCAAAUAUGCUUGCAAAGCUAGAAAGAGUUUUUGUUCAAGUUUCUGUACCUGUAAAAAGACCCACGAUGACAGGUACUGCAAAAAAAAUUAUGCCAGUUUCUAGAUAAGUAAUGGUUGUUCAGCAUGGUUGACAGUGGAGUAUAUGCAUGUCAUAAUUGAUGAAAAUUGAUAAUCAAUAUAUACCUGAUUAUGAAUAAAUUAGUAUUAUAUAAUAUAUGUAAAUAUUAUAUAA